CUACUGGACACUCUCGCCGGCUUCCUGUAUCCGGUGGAAGACGGCCGAAAAACACUCCUCGCCACUCAUGCUGAUCGUGCCAAAUACUUGUCGCGCCAAUUAUCACCUGAAGUCAAUUGAAAAUAUUCCAAUUAGCGCACUGACACCACGUAAGAUCUUCAUAAGCUGACUCACAAGUGAUCUUGUGCACAUUUCUUACCCAUCUUUCAGUCUCUGACGAACACUCCACAAUCAUCACAGAGUCACUUGAUCGCAAAGCAUAAAGAGAGUGAGACAGAGAAGCAUCGGGGAUUUCGGUGCAUUCUCCUCUCAAUCUUAUCAAAUUUCCGUGCAUACUGCAAAAUGUGCGCGCCUUUUGCACAACAUCGCGAUCUCUCAGCGCAACAUCACCAGAGAUCGCAGUGAAUUGAGCGCACUUUGGAGUGAGGAAUCGCAAUGCAGGACUCAGUGGACGGCCUCCUGGCGCCUGACGGCGGCUGGGGAUGGAUGGUGGUCCUGGGAGUGGCGCUGACAAACGUGAGUCCCCAGAAAUCCCACUCAAGAUCAGACUUUUGGGAUCAUCUCUGGCGCCUUUUCAGAUCUUCAACCAGUCUCUGAUCUCCGUCUUCGGGCUCCUCUUCAGUCAGCAGCUGCACGAGCUGGGCCAGAGCACCACGGGAGUGGCGCUGGUGAUGAACGUCAACAGCAUCAUCCUCAACUCGUCGGGAUUCAUCAUCGGCCCAGCCAUUAAGACCUUCUCUCCGCGCCGCGUGGCCAUUUUCGGCAGUCUCCUCACGGGCGUCGGGCUGAUUCUCAGCAGCCAGUCGCGCACGCUCUGGCAGAUCCUGAUCUCCUACGGCGGGAUCGUGGGCUUCGGCCUGGGACUGCUCAAUCCCUCCACCUUCAUGGCCGUCAACUCGUACUUCUCACGCAAGCGCGGCCAGGCAGUGGGAUUGGCGCUCGCCGGCACGGGAAUCGGCCAGAUGCUGAUGCCUCAGAUCGUGCACUUCCUCCUGGACGAGUUCGGCUACCGCGGAGCCAUCCUCAUCGUGGGCGCGCUGGCGUUCCACGGCAUCGUGGGCGCCAGUCUCUUCCAGCCCGUCGAGUGGCACUCGCACCCGCCGACCGCUUGUCAGGAGCACGAGAAACUCCUGGCCACGGAUCCGCCCCUGCAGAAGAACCGCCCGGCGCAGAGCACGAGCGAGAAGCUGAAGAAAUCCAUGGACUUGAGCCUCCUCAAGGAUCUCUCCUUCCUCAACAUCAGCCUGGGAGUAGCCAUGGCUUACACUUCCUCCAUCAACUUCUCCAUGCUCUUUCCCUACUUCCUCCAGUUUUCAGCCGGCCUGGACCGGAAGGACGUGGCCAUGUGCAUGUCUCUCCUCGCCGCCAUGGAUCUGGCCUCCAGACUCACUCUUCCCACCCUCACGGAUCGCUUCCGGAUCUCCUGCCGCAUGAUUUUCCUCGUGGGCGCCGUGCUGCUCAUCGGCGUUCGCGCCACGCUGGCCGAGACUUCCCAUCGCACGAGCCUUCUGAUCAUCUCUGGCCUCUACGGCUACAUCCGGGCGGCCACAGUGGUGAACCAGAACCUGUGCGUGUCCGAGCACUGCACGCAAGAGAAGCUGGCCGGCGCCCUGGGCCUCGUGAUGAUCGCCAAGGGGAUCUCUGUGAUAAGUCUAGGCCAGCUUCUGGGCUGGGUUCGCGACGUGACAGGCAGCUAUCGCUUCUCCCUCCACAUGCAGAACGUUCUGCUUGUGAUUGUGGUGAUCUUCUGGCUUCCAGAAGUGAUAUGGAAGCGUCUCAGGAGGUGA